AUCCAGCUAAAAAUAAAAACAGUUGAAUGAUUGUCGUAAUAAGCACAUUAUACAUCGUUCAUUCACAUCGACAACUCGUUUCAUAAUGUCGAAUCUGUUAAAAUUCGUGUUCCUUGUAGCGCUAUUUAUUAUUUGUGAUGGAAAAGAUCCGAGACCAAAAUUAGUGAUAGACCAUGAUGGAGGUGCGGACGAUGCAAUUGCAAUUUUCAUGGCUUUAUUGUACGAAAAAGCCUUUAAAGGGCCUGAAGUAAUAGCUCUCACGACAGUCCACGGGAAUGUCAAUGAAAGCCAAGUUUUCACGAAUACUCAGAGGAUAUUGAAUAUCGCUGACAGACAAAAUGUACCCAUAUAUCGGGGUAGUAAAACUUCGUUCAUAAGUAAUAUAGAAUCAGAUUACUUCUUCGGAUACGAUGGUCUUGGAGACAAUGAGGUAGAAGAAUAUGAGCCUAUAGAGGCACAGGAUGAACAUGCUGCAAUGGCUCUUGUAAGACUGGCUAGGAAGUAUGAGGGUAGAUUAACAGUAGUUGCUAUAGGAGCGUUGACAAACAUAGCUUUGGCGAUAAAAUUGGACCCGAGAUUUAGGUCCCGGCUUGCACAGUUAUAUGUGGGGGCAGGACAUAUACAUGAUGAAAACUACAAAGAAGCAGAAUUCAACGCAGCCAUGGAUGCUGAAGCGUAUCGAAUCAUAACAAAUGGCAGUAAGCCUGAAGAUCUUAGUAUAGUGCCCUUCUCUCCUAUACGAAAGAGCGUAACUGUAGAAACGGACUGGCGUCUCAACGUUCUUGGCGCAAUACCAAGCACAGUGAUGCAAUAUUUGAACAAAUUUGAGCGCCUCUCGAUACCGGCUCAAGCCCCUCAGUGGGUGCUUUUGGACCCCGCUGUCAUGGCCGCCGCGAUCAACGACAGCAUGGCGGAUUGGAAGAUGUCCUACAAUAGUAUUGGUUUGUGUGAGAAUAGAGGAAUCGCUACAAAUAAUUUCACAUCAGAGAAACCAAAUGCCAGAGUUUUGUAUUCUAUGGACAGAGAUGAAUAUAAACAACUUCUGUAUAAUAUAUUUUCCCAUGAAUAAAGAAUAAUCUCAAUCAAAACUAUGAGUGAAAAAAAAAGUAGAAAAUUUCAAGAUAUGGCUUGCUGGAAAAAUAUACAUCUGCCCACAAAUAUCAACUUAUUUUUCAUGAAUUCAUAUUAUUUUGAGUGAGAACAUUUUUUAAUUCUUCGUUAAAACGUAUCUUUCCUGCCGUGGCUUUGGAUAAAGGUUUUUAAGGCUUCGUUAAUGUUCUCAUACGUGUUUCACAUAAUUUACUUGGUAUAUUUUGAAUAUGUACCUAUAUCCAACAUUGUGAGUGAUAAAAUAAUAAAACAACGUCAUAACUAUUUAGUAUAUACUAGUCUGUACCUUAACUGCUGAACAAAUUUGGACAAAUUUUUGAUAUAUUGAUAGAUGAAAUCUUAGUGUAGCAAUGUAAUACAACAAUAUAUUAUGUAUAUAAAAUACAUUUUAAAUAUUGUUAAGUGUGAAAUUCUGUACAGUGUUUAAUAUCAACUGUGAUAUUUGAUUCUUGUAAAUUUGUUUAUAAUUAUUGCCUUGAUAAUUAUAUAUUAUAAUGAUAUCAAUAAAUAGUAUUAAGAAAA